AGCAGGCAGGAGGUGCAGGCAGGGCAGCUGGGCAGCAACGGUUUUUAAAACAGAAGAGCAGUCUUCGUGCCUGAAAAAUCAUGUUCAGCUUCAGAAGCAUCCUGAAGACUCUGAAGUUCCUGACAAUAUCCAUUUUUUUACUCUUCAAAAGUUUCAUCCAACUCAUAUUUCCUCCAUGCAAAAGAUCUUUUGCUGGAGAAAUAGUGCUUAUUACUGGAGCUGCAAAUGGGAUUGGAAGGCAGAUUGCCCUAAGUUUUGCUCCUUUAGAAGCAACAUUGGUUCUCUGGGACAUUGAUGAAGAAGGUAACAAAGAAACAAGCAGAUUAGCCAGAAAAAAUGGAGCUAAACAAGUGUUUGCCUACUACUGUGACUGCAGCAAUAGGGAAGAGGUCUAUGAACAGGCAGACAAGGUUAGAAGAGAAGUUGGGGAUGUUACUAUUCUAAUCAAUAAUGCUGGCAUAAUGCAUGUCAAAAAGUUUCUUGACAUUCCAGACGCCGAUUUUGAAAAAAUCUUGAAAGUCAACUUCCUGUCUCAAGCCUGGACUUGCAAGGCCUUUCUUCCUGCCAUGAUUGCCUGCAAUCAUGGACACCUCGUUAGCAUGGCCAGUGCAGCAGGACUCAUGGGAGCCUACAAAUUGUCAGAUUAUUCUUCUAGUAAAUUUGCAAUCAUUGGAAUGAUGGAAGCCAUAGAUUCAGAACUGUAUCAUGCAGGAAAAUACGGCAUUAAAACCACAAUCAUUUGUCCUUAUUUUGUGAAUACUGAGUUAGCUAGAGGUAUUCAAACCCAAAACUCAGUUUUAAUUCCUGUUUACGAGCCAGAGUAUGUAGCCAGAAGGAUCGUGGAUGCAAUUCAAAAGGAAAAGAUGUAUCUGUUUAUGCCUCCAGCUUUACGCUUUAGUGGUUUCAAAACUUUAAUUCCUAGAAAAAUAGUACUGCUCUUGCAUUCUUACCUGGGGAUCUACAACAGCUUGGACAAGGUCAUCGGUCGGAAGAAGAAAGAUUGAAACCAUGGUAUUUUCAAAAUCUCAAGUGCCAUCAAACUGGUUUCUUUAGUAAAAUCAAUUUUUAAGCAUGUUCAUUCUUUGACAGAAAAAUUGCUUCUUGUAUAGUACUUGACAUCACUCAGCCUACAACAUAAUUCUAAAUAAUUGUAU